UCACAAAAAAUAACCAAAAUUACAUACGGACAACGCAGGCCAACGGUACGGAAAAGUUCGGGAUUACCAAUGUAAUUCUUUUUAUUUUUCUUCAAAUUCAACUAGUAACAAGAGAGAAAAGAAGCGAAUCGAUUUGGACUCGGAGAGAGAAUCAAACUAAGUAAGUGAUAGUGGAAUAAUGAUAUUGGAGGUUUUUUAUGACAGAACAGUUCAGAGAGAAGAUCGUAAGUAAAACUAGAUUGCAAGUUUAUAUUUAGAACAACUUCGUUACCUCAUCGAAUCGGUAUUUGUUUGUGUGAGGCACAAAAAUCCGAGCUAAUAACAAUCAGAAAGGUAAGUUUUAUCCCAAAAGCGUAUGUAAUUAAGAACCUGUUAUUUGUUUCAAUUCGAAGCUUCCAAAUCUUCUUUGUUCAAUUUCCUUGCACAAUUUUAUUUCUUUGUUGUGAUUCUAUAAUCGAUUCGAUUGAGUUCAGUUCAGUUGGUAAGAACGUUAGCCUAAUUUUCGUUGCUAACCUUUACUCUCUAGUGCAGAUAAGUGAGAAACGAUUCGUAAACAAAAUCGUUUAUUAUUCUAAUCACGAAUCGAUUGUGCACUGAGGCUUAAGUACAUUUAUUUCAUUUCAACGGCAAAUUCAUUUUAAAUUUGUACUUUUAUUGACAAAACCUUCGCCUCCGGCCAUUAGAUGUCGCUCAAAUCGCCUGUCAAAGUGGCAGCUAUGUUAAACGUCAACUGCAGAACAUCUGAUUUGAGUUCGCUUAAAAAUAGUACAAUAUUGUAUACGUACGUGGAACGACUGCAAAAUAAUAACAUCACAGACAAAAUUUUAAGAGCAAACAAAACGCAGUGAAGUGAUUGCCAAUUUAUUUGUUUUGACGACUAAUUGCAUUGACGACUAAAUGGAUGAAAAACUAGAAAAGUAUCGAUUAAAAGUACGGCGAAAAGAGUUUUUCAACAAAAUCAAGCAGCGUUUAAUCAGUAUGAUGACAUUUUCUUCGGAAACGAAUUCCAAAAAAGACGAAACUAUUGAAAUUCCAGAUGAAAAAUUGGAGGAGGAGGCGGAACUCAUGGGCAGUGAAAAUGGUGAGGUGUCAGAUUAUGUGUCGUCAGAAGAUGAAAACAGAGUUCAAGAAGUGCCGACCAGUCGAAGUGAGGAAUCAAAAAUGAAGUACAUAAUGUAUGGGCUUUGGUUUUGCUUCUGGGCCACAUGCUGGAUGAUUGCGAUUGAAAUGAAAUUCGGAAUCGUGUACUUGCUGUUUUCUGCACUGUUUGGCAUUUAUUUCAAUACUCGAACAGGACCGCGGCGGGAAGGUGAAAUCAGUGCGUACAGUGUGUUUAAUGAAAAUUGCGAAAGUAUCCAAGGUACACUGAAGGGUGAACAACUCGAAAGAGAAAUGAUCUAUGGACCCUUAGCUGCAGUGCAUUAAUUCUUAUGACUCGAUAGAUGAUAAGAUAUAAGUAGCUCCUUAAGAUAAUGAAGACUUUUUUUUCGAAUGCAAUCAUUAUCAAAUUAAGUUAGUGUUUUAAGAAGCAAAAGAAGUUCUCAUCAAAAUGGUGCUGUGCCCUUUGGCAGUAAAAUUAGCUUUUCUUCGAAUAGAGUGUAGGAGAGAAAAUUAACAAGAAAAUAGAACAGAACAAGCACAAUGUAGCAGUCUAUCCAAGAGAAAUAAAAUAAAAAUUAAAAGCUGCAUAUAGUUUUAAGUGGUUGCGAUUCGAUGGAUGCGGCAAGAUAGCUUAAUAAACGAAGAAAAAUGACACGCAGCCCUCUAGGCGAGGGACACUCAAAACAGUCAUCGUACAUAUAUUGAGCGGUCACUAUCGAUGCGUUCAUUUGUGUGAGUAAGAUUGUGUAAACGACAAUGUUCGUGUUCAAUAUGUGUACGAUGACAGCUUCGAGCAUUCCACACGUAGAGGUGUCUUAGUGUCUUACGUCAAACCUUUCCCAUGUAUUUGUAUACGAAGAAAGCGACCUUGGAUGCGGCAACGGUGUGUCAGGAAAGAUUUACACAUAUUUUCCCAACAAAUGUUAAGGCUAAACAUAAGCAAGUUCGAUGCUCAAGCUCAUAAUUAGUUCAGAAAGUUUACUCACUGUGACAGUUGCCGAAUCCAAUGGGCAAUGUACUGGAUUCAGAGAAUUGCAUACGGUGAUGUGGUAUGGUUCUAUGUAUGCAGAGAAUGAGCCUACAAGAAUGGGAGAGCGGGGGUAAUAUGAAAUGAGGGACAUGUUAAUUCAAUUUGAGCACUUGCUUUAUUUAUUCCAUUAGUUUGUUCUCAUAAUAUUUUAUACACAAUUUUCAUACAGUACAGUUGGUUUUUUUUCAUAGAAUUUUACGUCAUGUGUGUCUGUGGGCUCGUUUUGACUAACUUUUCUUUUGUUUUUGGAAUUUUUCCCUUAAUUUUUAGGUAUUUUGUAUAAUACAUAGCACAUAAUUUUGGAAUGUUUUUUUUUCUCUUCAUUUUGUAAUUAAAUUUUAAAACCACAACUUUUGGAUGAAUUCAAUCUUGAUUAUACAUAAGAACGAAAACAGAUUCACAGUAUCUAUUAUUAUUGAAUCCUAAUAUGGCAGGCGCAAAAACUCACAUACGUGUGUGCGGUGCGAAUAAAACAACAAUUGCAUUAAAUCCAAUUUUAAAAUGUUAUUACAUUUUUAGAUGAGCAUAACAAAUAAAUUUCAGUGGCUUUAUCAUU